UUUUGCUUCAUUUUCAUGUUAGGAGCUGCUUCUGCUGGCUGUGAUGUGAAUAUCGACCCCUCUAGAGUCGUGGUGAGAUUUGGAGACCCAGUGACUGUCAACUGCUCCACAACACGAGAAGAUGUAUUGGGGGCUGGCUGGGAGGCUUCUGUUAACCCUGUGAAUAAACUGAAUAGUGCAACAGCAGUUUGGAAUGUCAGCAGCCUCACUGUUUGGGAUGUAGAGCCAAAAUGCUUUAUAAACUGCAGGAGUGAACCCCGUCAGUGUGCAGGAAAACUGGAUCUGGUUAUAUACAAGUACCCAGAAAGCGUCUCCCUCAUCGCUCCUGAGUUUAUGAAGAUCGGUGUAGAAUCUAAUAUAACGUGCCAGGUCCUAGAUGUGGCUCCUGCCAGAUAUCUCAGUGUGAAGCUGUAUAAGGGAGAUGAAGAGCUUGGGAAUAGCAGCUUUACUCAUGACUCCACACGGUUUCCUGUGAAUGCAAGCAUCCCCUUUCCAGUAACACCGACCAGAGCAGACAAUGGAGCCGAGUACACUUGUGUGGCAGAGCUUCAAUUGGGACCAGGAGGACCGAAACCAAACCCAGCAAAACCCUCCCCUGCCUUGAAAAUACCAGUAGUUUACAAGCCCAGUCUAUUGAGCGCUCAUGAACAAACUGUUGAAGUUCUUGAAGAGGGCAGUGUAGUUUUAAACUGCUCUGCUGAUGGGAACCCGGCCCCCACAUAUGAGUGGGAAUACCCCAGAGCUGAUAACGUACAGGAGAUAACGAAGGAUGGAGUGUCUACUGUAAAUAUCACAAGAGCCUCGUCUAGCAAUUCUGGUUUUUAUACCUGCCAUGUUAAAAAUAAGUUCGGGAACGAGACGAUGAACAUCACUGUCACAGUUAAAAACGAAGUUAUAAUUACAAGAGGUGAUUGUUUUUUUUUUAAAUAUAUGGUAACACUUUCCGUGCAGCGUCUCUAAUUACUGAGUGGUUUCUUAGUAAAUGCAUGUGUGCUUACACAUAAUUACUGUAUCAUUAUGCAUAGUUACAAUGUACUUCGUGUGGGAAGACAUUGUGCACGAUAUAACCCUAACCCUAACCCAACCCCUUUUCUGAUACUAUUGUGCACUUGCAUAUAUCGUGCAAAACGAUUUGCAUGAGGAUUUAAUGACCUUCAUUCCAUGUUUCUUUGUAACAAAGGAUGCUGGUCCCAUAUACAAGUCAUGCAUUAGUUUCCCAGCCAGGGGAUCGGGAGAAGUGUUCAUUCAUGCAUGAAUGCCUGCCUUAUACAUGUGAUCAACAUCAUUUGUUCCAAAAGAAUGCGUAUUGAUAAUUAAACCCACAUGAAUUAGCAGGGGCUGAAUUCAGAAUGAAUGGCUUCAGAACUCAGAGGAAGUCCAGAAGAUAUUCAAACAGUCUCUUGUGGCAUUCAGACUGAAUUCAUUAUGAAUCUGCAGCCAGGUGUUUUAGGGUGUUACCCCUUAGUUUAUUAGAUGCUCGCAUUAUAUUUUGAUCGAUCAAUUGGAAGUUGUGGAUUUUAUGUGUUAGUCAGUUUCAGACAAGCAUGACUUAAAGUAAGUGGGAAUGCAAGAUGGUAUAAGAUGUACACAGAUUUGAGAGGAGAAACGGUAUUAUUUAAAUGGAAUGUAGGUUUAGAUGUACCAUUGUUUAAAUCAGUUGGAUGAACCAGAUCUUUAAAGAGUUUACUCCAGUCUUUAAUCUAUAUAUCUAUAUCUAUAUCUAUAUAUAUAUACUGCCAGCUAUAGCCUGAACCUAAAUCUGACUGCGGUAGUAUGGCUCUGAUGUCAAGGUGUUUUCUCAUUUUGUAACAUUGUUUUUCUUCUUUCAAAAAGGUCAUUCAAGAAGCGAGGAAAACGCUUUGAAAAUGUGACCCAUUGUUUUGCGCAUUAUUUUGCCUCUUGCGCAGAAACACAAAGGCAAGAUAAUA